UCAUACUACGCGCGCGCACCUUUACCAAAACUGGCUAUUGCCUUAUACGUAAUACCUACUUAAUGCAUUCUGACUGAUAUUUUAGUUUUAUUGACGCGCUGUUUUGAAUAGCUCGUUCGAGCUAGUCAGUCUGCCAGUCGGUUAGCCGUUUAGUCGGUUGGUUAGUGCGACAGCUGCUGUCGUCUCGUCAGCUUCUUCCUUAACGCUCACUUUUGCUAGCUGCAACAAUACAACAUUACAACCACAACAACAACAACAACAAUAAGAUGGGCCUGUCGGAGACUACAGUGAAGCAUCUGCUGCUGCUACUGAACUUUGUGUAUACGGUGCUCGGUCUGGUGCUGAUUGGCUUUGGCAUUUUCUUUCUAAUAUAUGUAACUUCGGUGAGCAUUGGCGAAAAUGUAGCUGGCGGCUUGAUCAUUAGCCUGGGCAUUGUUAUAGUCAUCAUUGCAGUCGCUGGCUGUGUGGUUGCGGCACGCGAAUCACCCAGAGGCUUGCUCCUUUAUGUGUUGGCUAUUGUGCUGUUGAUACUCACACAGCUGCUGUUCCUCAGCAUGGUCUCGCACGGCACGAAGGACGGUCUGUCGGGCAGCAUUAACGAAGGCUUUGAGAAGCUCUGGGAUGCCGAACGCAAUGAAACUGGAGCUUUGGCUUAUUACGAGACCUGGCUGCACUGUUGCGGGGUCAAUAACUACGGAGACUAUGCGGUCAUCAAUCAUGCGGUGCCCAGAAGCUGCUGCCCGGAGCUCAAGUGCGUCAAUGUCUCCAGUGUGUAUAAAGUGGGCUGCAAGUCACAGUUUGUAGAGUAUCUGGACGAAAGGCUAUUGGUGUUUAAAAUUGUUUGCUGGCUGCUAAUACUGGGCGAGGCUGUUGGCGCCUUCUUUGGCUGGCUGCUUUUGACUGGCUUGAAGAAUCAAGGACGUCGUAACAACUCUGUUUGGAUGUAAACGUAAUUUAACACUAAGCCUUAAGUAUUAUUUUUAAUUAAUAUUAAAAGCAACUAAUAUUUAUUUGUUUCAAUAUUAAAGUCGAUUUACUACUUCACACCAAACUGAUUAGUUUCCGAUUUAAUUGCGUACAGAAAUGGAUUUUAGCCAUUCCUUUUAGUCACUAAACUGCAGUUGGCAUGUGGUUAAAAUCAUUUGAGUUUUACAACUAUGAUGAAU